CGAAAGCAGCUCGGAAGCCGCUGGAUAAAAAAAAAAAAAAAGGAAAUAAAAAUCAAACUAAUUUCUCCCCCUCUCCCCCCCCGAUAGAUAGAAGAAACGGGGGAGACUCGGGCAUAGCUAGGUCGGUUGGGCCAUUCCGGACGUUUUUGUUUCUCUUUCCCCCCCUUUUCCUCCCCCCUCCCUCCUCGCCUGGCAUCUCCCGGAUUGACCCACCCAGGUUCCUAGUGAAGAAGAGGGAAUAGAUCAACCCGGGCAUCGUCACAUCUGUAUCUGGUCCAGCGAAAGAAAUCUCUGCAGCGCAACUUCCGCGGCGGCCGGCCGGUGACAAUGCUGCAAAGCACGGACCUCGUCUGGACUUGGCUUCUGCUGGGCACCGCAGUCUCUCUUCAGGUGAACAUAGUUCCAAAUAAGGUGGAGGUGCCUGUUGGAGAAUCCAAGUUUUUCCUAUGUCAAGUGACUGGCGAUGCCAAAUCCAAAGAAAUCUUCUGGUUUGCCCCCAAUGGUGAUAAGCUGACGACAAACCAGCAGCACAUUUCCGUGGUCCGGUCAGAUGAUUCUUCCACUCUCACCAUCUACAACGCUAACAUCGAUGACGCCGGCAUCUAUAAAUGCGUGGUCUCCAGUGAAGAAGGGGAGGAAGAGGCCACUCUCAAUGUGAAGAUCUUUCAGAAACUGACCUUCCAACAUGCCCCCAGCCCACAGGAGUUCAAAGAAGGAGAUGAUGCAGUUAUUAUCUGUGAUGUUGUCUCCUCACUGCCUCCCACAAUUAUGUGGAAGCACAUGGGCAGAGAUGUGGUCCUGAAGAAAGAUGUGAGGUUUGUGGUGUUAAGCAAUAACUACCUCCAGAUCAGAGGGAUAAAGAAAAGCGAUGAGGGCAUAUAUCGCUGCGAAGGGAGGAUCUUGGCCCGAGGAGAGGUGGACUUCAGGGAUAUCCGGAUCAUCGUGAAUGUGCCUCCCACCGUUCGUUCUCGGCAGGGGACGGUCAACGCCACUGCCAAUCUCAGCCAGUCAGUCAAACUGGUGUGCGACGCUGAUGGCUUCCCAGAGCCCUUCAUCAGCUGGACCAAGGACGGAGAGCCAAUAGAACGAGGGGAGGAUGAGGAAAAGUACGGCUUCAGUUACGAUGGCUCUGAGUUGACCAUCCACAGAGUGGAGAAGAACGACGAGGCUGAGUACGUGUGCAUUGCCGAGAACAAAGCGGGCGAACAUGAUGCCACUGUCCACCUCAAAGUCUUCGCAAAACCCCAAAUCACCUUUGUGGAGAACAAAACUGCAAUGGAGCUGGAAGACCAGAUCAUUCUGACCUGCGAGGCCUCUGGCGAUCCCAUCCCCUCCAUCACUUGGAGGACCUCUUCCCGAAACAUCAGCAGUGAAGAGAAGACCCUAGAUGGCCGCAUCGAAGUCCGCAGCCACGCCCGCGUCUCUUCCCUGACCCUGAAGGACAUUCAGUACACGGAUGCUGGGGAGUACACCUGCAUAGCCAGCAACACCAUUGGGCAAGAUUCUCAAGUCAUGUACCUAGAAGUUCAGUAUGCCCCAAAGUUGCAGGGCCCUGUUGCAGUGUACACCUGGGAAGGGAACCCCGCAAACAUCACCUGCGAAGUCUUUGCUUACCCCAGUGCUGAUAUCUCGUGGUUCCGGGAUGGACAGCUGCUGCCCAGCUCCAACUACAGCAACAUCCGGAUCUACAAGACACCAGCCGCCAGUUUCCUGGAGGUGACACCAUAUUCAGAAAACGAUUUCGGGAAUUACAACUGCACAGCAGCCAACCGGAUUGGCCAGGAAUCCUCCGAGUUCAUCCUGGUUCAAGCAGAUACGCCCUCUGCGCCUUCCAUCGAGAAAGUGGAGCCAUACUCCAGCACAGCCCAGAUCAGAUUUGAUGAACCGGAGGCCACUGGGGGUGUCCCCAUCCUCUGGUACAAGGCCGAGUGGCGAGCCACCGGGGAGGAAAACUGGCACACCAAAAUCUACGAUGCCAAGGAAGCCAACACUGAAGGCAUCUUCACGGUCAUCGGCUUGAAGCCAGAGACCAUGUACGCCAUCCGACUGAUGGCCAUCAACGGCAAAGGCACCGGCGAGAUCAGCUCCCUCUCCGACUUCAAGACCCAGCCAGUUCGGGAGCCCAGCGCGCCAAAGCUGGAAGGCCACAUGGGAGGAGACGGGAACUCCAUCAAAGUGAGCCUCAUCAAGCAAGACGACGGGGGAUCCCCCAUCCGCCACUAUCUCAUUAAAUACAGAGUUAAACAGUCUUCUGACUGGAAGCCAGAAAUCCGCCUCCCUUCGGGCAGCGACCACGUCAUGCUCAAGUCGCUCGACUGGAACGCCGAGUAUGAAGUCACCGUCAUCGCAGAGAACCAGCAGGGAAAAUCGAAGCCAGCACGCUACGCUUUCAGGACCUCAGCCCAGCCCACCACCAUCCCAGCCAGCACAACCCCGACGUCGGGACUGGGCACAGCUGCCAUCGUGGGCAUCCUCAUCGUCAUCUUCAUCCUCCUGAUGGUGGCCGUGGACAUCACCUGCUACUUCCUGAACAAGUGUGGCCUUUUCAUGUGCAUUGCCGUCAACCUGUGUGGCAAAUCAGGUCCCGGUGCGAAGGGGAAGGACAUGGAAGAGGGCAAAGCUGCCUUCUCGAAGGACGAAUCAAAAGAGCCCAUCGUUGAAGUGAGGACGGAAGAAGAACGGACUCCAAAUCACGAUGGAGGCAAACACACCGAACCCAACGAAACCACCCCGCUCACUGAGCCAGAGAAAAACGCUGUAGAAGAAAAGCCGGCCGUUCCCGCCACAGAAGCCAACAACGCAGCCCCCGCAGAAGUGAAGACGGUCCCCAACGAAGCCACACAAACAAAUGAAACCGAGAGCAAAGCAUGAUGGGCACCGUGGGUCGAAAGCAGAGCAGGCGGGAAAUUUAAACAAAACAAAACAAAAAAAAAAUUGACAGAACAGCUUCACCUGAGCAUUUAAAACACAAAAAAUACACAUCUCAUUCCUCUAGUGUCUUUGCCUUUUUUAAAUGAAAACAGACAAAAAAAAAUGCAUACAACGGGGAAAAUGUGUUUGGU